AUGGAGGGGUCAGAGACAACUACAGGUCACUGGUAUGGGACGGUCGGGCUCGAUGGUGGUCUGGGUUGGAGUGUAUGUAUAUAUGGCACAGAGUCGGGGCAUAUGGCUCCAGGUGCAUGUCGUGAACCCCCCAAGGAGUCUCAAGCUUCGGAGUCUCAAGCUAAGAUGUCUAACCCUAGCAAGGCUAUUGAAACCAGCAAGAACGACACUUCUCAUGGAGGUGCCGUCGACCCAGUUGGUGUCCAGAAAGUGGAAGGUGUGGCUUUCGUUCGUGGGAACUCAUAUGAAAAUCCUCUUGAAUUCUUGAAGGCUGUGGAAUCUCAUAGAAGACAAGUGACUAAAGAGCUGAGCAAAGAUAAGACCACUGAACAGAAUAAGUAG